CAACGGUCGAUUUUUAGAUAAGAUCUAUCAGAAUACUGUUUGUGUAAUUAUUAUCUGAGAUUCCAUCUGACUUCAUUGAAAAAUGUGGGGAUAAGGGUGCAUACUAUCUGAAGGUCGAGAUCGAAAUGAAAUCCAUCCAACGGUCAAUUUUUAGAUAAGAUCUAUCAGAAUACUGUUGAUGUAAUUAUUAUCUGAGAUUCCAUCUCACUUAUAUAUAUUGGAAUGCCAACAUCUACAACUUACCAUAAGUUAGCCAUAUCCUUCAAUAUUUAAUCACUUUGUAAACGAUGACUUCAAGAUCUGCAGGAUAUUCUACCAAUGAAGAUGUGCUAUUAUGCGGAGUUUAUCUAGAUAUUUCACAAGAUCCCAUUAUAGGUAAACAACAAUCUAGUCAACGUUUUUGGAGUCGGGUGGCAGAAGCAUAUGAAAUUGCAAAGAAUGAGUGUUGGGAGUUCUGCAACCCACGAUCUUUGCAAUGUCGAUUGCAAGUUAUUGAGAAGGCUAUAAGAAAAUUGAAUGGUUGUUAUCGACAAGUUGAAAACUUACAUCCUAGUGGUGCUUCAGAGCAAGAUCUGCUCAAUCAAGCGAAAACUUUACUAAUGCAAGAUCCAAGCUACAAAAAAGGAUUCAAAUUUGACCAUGUUUGGAGCAUGAUGAAGGAUGCUGAGAAGUUUAAAGAUUGUAGCUCUAAAAAAAAAUAGUUCAAAAUCAAAGCUCCUCUUAUGUGUCCUCAGAGUCGGACAAUCCUACUCCUGACUCGCCUAUGGUACCAUCUUCAAACUUAUCAUCUUUUUCAAUCCAUUUAAAUGAGGAUAUUGCAGGAGAUUAUACAUCAUCGGAUCGACCUCUUGGUGUCAAAAAAGCAAAAUUGAAGAAAAAACUUGACGAAUCUUUUUCAUCCGCUCUGAAAUGCUUACAUGCUGAUAA